AUGUCUUCCCACCCGAGUCUCACCAGCACGUACCGUGCGCGCGCCUCUCUCCCCACGACUGGACCCCUGGCCUCGUACCUGCUGAGCCUGAUAUCCGUCAAGCAGACCAACCUCUGCCUCUCUGCCGAUGUCGAGACGUCAGCCGAACUCCUACAACUGGCAGAAGAUGUCGGUGACUCAAUCUGCCUGCUCAAGACGCACUGCGACAUUGUCACCGACUGGUCCGACAGGACAGCCCAGGCACUGAGGGAAAUUGCAAAGCGCAAGUGGUUCCUCAUCUUCGAAGACCGAAAGUUUGCGGAUAUUGGUGAAACCGUACAGAAGCAGUACACUUCUGGACACCACCGAAUCGCACUCUGGGCCGAGAUCACCAACGCCCACGUCAUCCCCGGUCCAGCCAUCGUCACCGCGCUCGAGAAAGCUGCCGACGCGACCAUUGCCAAGUACAACACAUCCGUAAACACCGAGAUUUCUGCCACGCGACAAUCCAACGGCGCCGACGAUGACGAUGACGAUGACGAUGAAGAAGAAGAGCCCGUGGCACGCGAUUCAGCAAUCGAGUCGCCAAUUGAGAUGGAGGGCGAAGAGAGACGGCUAAGCAUCAAGGCUGCCGACCGGAAGCACAGCGUUGUGAGCGUGACAACCUCGAUAUCCAUGCGGACGGAGAGCAUAUCGCCUCGUCCAGAGCCCAACGCCAACGGCGAAGAAGUCUUCAACCUAGACGUAGCUACCGAGCUCGUUCGUCUUGGCCCACCACCCUUCCUCCGUUCCCUCCUGUUGCUUGCGGAGAUGAGCUCCGAAGGCCACCUUAUGACACCAGAAUACCAAAAGAGGACUGUCGAGAUCGCUCGAAGCCGUCGCGAGUUCGUCAUGGGCUUCAUUGCUCAGCGCAGCUUGAACAGUGAGCCAGAGGACAACUUCAUCACCAUGACGCCGGGCUGCCAGCUUCCGCCGCCGGGUCAGGAAGGCAAGAAGCUGGGCGACGCUUUAGGUCAGCAAUACAACACUCCACGCAAAUUGAUCUUCGAGCAAGGCUGCGACGUCAUCAUCGUCGGACGAGGCAUCGUGCGCGCUCAAGAUCGCAAGUCGGAAGCAGAGAGAUACCGAAAGGCCGCCUGGUCAGCCUACGAGGAGAGGAUCAAGAAGGCAUAG